AUGCCGGUCAAUAAAUUAGUCAACCUGCCUAUAUUCACGGACUGCUUGGGAACUGUAAGUGCUAUCAGUAAUGAAUAUAGUAACGAACCUAUUUACGUGUUAGGGGAUUUUAACGCUCAUCCGAAUGAAUUAUUUUUUAAGGAACUAAAAAGUAUAUGUAAUGAGUUUGUAUGGGUACCUGUAGAUAUAAAAAUGUUGGGAUUGACUUCUGAUACUUUUACCUACAUAGAUCCAGCUAGUGGGUCAAAGCGUUGGUUGGAUCAUUGUGUGUUGUCGCAAUCAGCGGAGUCCUCUGUGGGCAGUGUAGGAGAUUAUGGAAACGCGCAAAACGCCUCUCGAAAAUCGACCGCGACUUCCCCGCAUAGCCCUAAGCAAGCGGAAUCGGACUUCGUGAGGGCUCUGAACCCAAUGCUGGUGACCUAUUUGGAAGCCAGCCAGGACCUUUGCGAUACGGACUCAAUUCUUUUUGGCGCCGCGUUGGCAGUCUGCCGUAUCAUAGGCGCCAAGGUUUCCACGGCUGGAUGCGCUACUGGCCAAAGUACUGCUAUCCCAGCAUGGAGAAAAAGAAUUGAGAAGUGUAUCGCAAAGUCUAGAACUCUCAUCGGCAGACUGAUAUGCUUCAGAUCAGGAAAUAACAGGCCAAGAAUUGUGCGCACCGUCAGGAUGGCAUUUGCAGGGACAAAUGUCAGUUUGUCCCAGCCAGAUAUAAUGCAAAACUGA